CACAGGUCCCAGAAUCCACUGCUCUCAGGUUAGCAGUGGCCGCCCACAUGUCUUCUUGCACAAAGGCUGCUCAUCAAUAUCAGGUCCAGCCUUCCUGAAAGACAAAAAGGUCAGAACAUUUACAGUUGGAUGGAGUGAUGGAGAAUAAGCAUGUUGCUUAUGAUGUUCUUAACAUGGAGUCUGGAACGGGGAUAAAUAUGCGGGGAGUAGAUACAAGGAUUCAGAUUCCACAAGAUGGUCACCAAAGAGACUUCCCCCUAAUUUCUGGCUGUGGCUCACUAUGUCAAAGCAAAGUAGGGGAUCCUAUGCUGCAUGUCUAUUCUACUGGUUGGUCAAUGGAAGAAACAGUUCCUGCAUAUUAUCCUCCAGAAAAUAAUUUCCCAGAUCCUAACAUCACUUCAGCAAGCUCCUUAACUGAAUCAAAGCAAGCAAAUAUUGAAACUCACACUGCACUCCUUGAAAGUAACUGUCAAAUAAAUCCAGGAACUCAAAGCACAACUUCACAAAAUGAGAAUCACAAACAAAGGAACACAGAAUCUGUAGAUGCAAACAAAAAUGAGACCACAACCACUAAAUGCAGCAGCAAUGAAAGUGAAAAAAACUUAAAAGAUAAAGCAACAUGUACUUACAAGCACUUAAAUGAGAAAGAGCAGAAGAAUUUCAUAUGCAUUGAGUGUGGGAAAAGUUUCAUCUAUAAAUCGUAUCUUGUGGUACACCAGAGAACACACACAGGGGAGAGAAUGUUUGUCUGUAUUGACUGUGGAAAAGGAUUUACCCGUAAUUCUUAUCUUGUAAUACACAAACGGUCCCACACAGGUGAAAAACCCUUUCCAUGUGGGGAAUGUGGGAAAAGUUUUACAAGCAAUGUAAGUUUGGUAAAACACCAAAAAACGCAUAAUGAAGUUAAACCUUAUACUUGUAUUCAAUGCGGACGAAGCUUUACUGAUAGCUCCAACUAUGUACGUCAUCAAAUAAUUCAUUCUGGGGAAAAACCCUACGCGUGCAGUGUGUGUGGGAAAAGCUUUACACGGAAUUCACACUUGGUGUUGCACCAGCGAACACACACGGGAGAGAGGCCAUACUCAUGCCCUCAUUGUGAUAAAAGUUUUACUAGUAGCUCCAACCUAGCAAGUCACCAGAAAACCCACUCUGGGAAAAAACCCUUUGUGUGUAAGGAGUGCGAUAAAAGCUUCACUCAGAAAUCAUACCUUGUCACACACAUGAGAAGCCACACCGGGGAGAAACCAUUUUCAUGUGAUUGUGGGAAACGGUUUGUAGUUCGAUCAUCUUUGAUUAAACAUCAAGCUAAGCAUACAGGGGAGCGUCCUUUUGGGUGCAAUAUUUGUAAUAAACGCUAUAUACGAAGGUCCCACCUUAAUGCUCAUAAAAAGACUCACAAAGCAGAUAGGCCAUAUGAUUGCUUAAAAUGUGAAAAAACCUUCACACGUAAGUCCCAUCUGCUUGUUCAUAGGCAGAGCCAUAAAAAGGUGAAGCCCUACUCAUGUGUAGAAUGUGGUGGUUGCUUUACACGCAACUCUGCACUAGUUACACAUCAGAAAACUCACCAAAAACCAGGAACAGGUGACAAUGAAGAAGAUGCGGAUGAUCAGAUGAUAUAUAGUAAUAAUAAGUAAUUUUCAUUUGUGAACAUUUUGAAUGAAAUCCUUCCAAGGAUAAGAUAGAAACAUGGAGGUCAAUGUUUAAGUGACUGCGUUUUUUUAAGAGUGACAAAAUCAUGACAUUUCUGUGUAAUAAGAGCUAUUUUUAUAACUCAUAUAAAAUUACAAGUAUGUAUUUUUCAUUGUAUUAAAGGGUAUAUGCAUAAUCAUUCAAAAAUAAUCUUCAAGUAAAAAUGAGGAGAGAGGAGUGAUUCAAAAUGGAAACUUUGUGUCUUGUAUAUUAAUUCAGUGAAUUAUGACCACUUUGCACUUUGAGGUUUGGAAAGACACAGAGAGAAAAGAUUAAAAAAAAACUAAUUAUAUAACUGCACUAUGACAUGUUUUAAAGAGAAACAUAUAUUGAAUUGUUGACUUUUGUGGAACCAUGGCUGCAAAUUUGCUGUAUACUGAGCUGUAUUUUUUCAGUCUUAAAUAUUCCAUUAAAUUCCAUAGUAUCCAUUACCAACUUCAAAAUGUAUGAAACCGUUUUAUGUGUUAAAAAAAUAUGAAAUUCAAAAUUAAAGUUUCAUGAUUCAGGUACAAA